AUGUCUGUCGAGUCGCGGCUACGUGAGGCAAAAGAUGUGCUCAACCACAUCUUUUGUCUCCUGGACGACCUGAAUGAAGCUGCAGAAGAGCUUCGCCAGAUUGUCUCUGGUGAAAGACAGGGUAUGACAUGUGUUCUUGAUGAGAAUGAGGAUGGCAAAGACCUGAGGACCAGCGAGGAGCAUGAGCUUCGAGACGAGAUCCGCGCAACUAUCACACGGCUCUUUAGGGUUUUAUCCCUCGUACGACAGGCAGCGCCUACAGACCCUUUCGCCAAAGCUCUCAACCGGAAUCGCUAUCACUUCAGCGAUCAGACAAAACCUGGCUUCGCCAACGUCUUGGAAGAGCUAUAA